AUGCUCAUCGUCCUUUCUCAUCCACCACACACACACCCAACUCAGCUUUUAGACGCGGCGGUGAUGAAUUCUGCGGUGGCGGAGAUGGCCGGAGGGAGAAUUGUUCCCCUAUCGCCGCCCUUCAUUUCUUCUGGUUAUACCUGCUGUUUGCUCCCUCUCAGGCGACUCUCACUUGCUUCUUCAGGGAUUCGUGGGUCUAGCUUAUGCAGUGCCUUCUCCGCCAGAAAUCGAGCUCUGUUCCUAUCCGAAACCCUGGUUGAAUGUCGGGUCCCAAGACCUAGACUCGUCAGCGCAGCUGCCGAGUCAACUCAGUCAUCAUCUAUUUCUCCCCCUACUAGUGCCGACAAAUCGAUAGUCUCAGACAACGAGUUCAGUCUCGCCAAAGUUUCUUUUGGUGUCAUUGGAUUGGGUGUUGGUGUUAGUCUUCUCUCAAAUGAUGUUACAAGAUACCGUUAUGGGGACGAGCAGCAUCUUGAUGAAGCAUUGAAAAGGAUUUUUCAAUAUGGGCAGGGUGGAGGUAUUCCCCGAAGGAGUGCUCCUAUCCUACAAAUGAUACGGGAAGAAAUGACUGAGGAUGGUAGAUACUCUCUGAUAUUGGUAUUUGAAGCUAAAGCUCUGCAGCUGUCAGAAUUUGAACAGAGAAAAGCAAAAUUCGCUUCAUUUUUUGGUCCAGGGAUCACUGCCGAAAUAGUUGAGGGAGAUAAAAAUAAGUACAAGGUCAAGCUAAUAUCAAACACGCCCUUGUAG